AUUUUUUACUUUGACUACUACCAGCCAUUAGACAGGCAGGCAGGCAGGCAUCAGAUCAUUUCCUUUCCAGCACAGCAUCUGCAACGUGAGUUGCGGUUCAAUUUCACAUUUAUAUUUUCAUCAUGGCUGUUGCUAAAUCUGAAGAAGUUGAGCAAGUAGUGGAAAAAGCCGUUGUGGCUGAAGAGAUUCAACCAGAGCUUAUGUAUAAACAUCCCUUAAAUAGUACUUGGACCCUUUGGUAUUAUGAAAAUGACAGAAAGAGAUCCUGGGAAGAAAAUCUAAGAGAAAUAAUAAGCUUUGAAACAGUGGAAGAUUUUUGGAGCCUUUAUAAUCAUAUCAAACUCGCCAGUGAACUGAGGCAUGGGUGUGACUAUUCACUAUUCAAGAAGGGAAUUCGUCCUAUGUGGGAGGAUUCGAGUAACGUCAAGGGUGGAAGGUGGUUGAUAAGUCUUGAUAAGAAACAACGAGAGCACGAGCUGGACAGCUUCUGGCUUGAGAUUCUGCUAUGUAUGAUCGGAGAAGCUUUUGAUGACCAUGGAGAUGAAGUGUGCGGAGCUGUGGUUAACGUAAGAAAUAAGGGAGACAAGAUCGCUGUUUGGACUUCAGAUGCCUCGAGAUCCAAUUGCGAUGGAGUGAUUGCUAUCGGGAAAAAAUUGAAAGAACGGCUGAGGAUAGGGCCUAAGGUCCAAAUUGGCUACCAAGUCCACAAGGAUACCAUGGAGAAAUCUAGCUCUGUAGCUAGAAAUAUGUAUACGGUAUAACGUUGUCAUUUGAUAUUAGUUUCUUUUCAUUGAAAGACCGUAUAUUCUUUCAAUUCAAAUGUAAAUUUUCUGUUUAAUUUAGAUUUCUUUUUGUUUGUCGUUUAAUUUUAUAUUUUAGUUUGUGAAUAUUUAUUUUUUUCUUGCUGGAAGUGGUAUUUGGUAUGUAAAUGUGUAUUAUAUUGACUGACAUGUUUCCACAAAACUUAAACUUAUGUCAUAAUGUUUGUUUUACAUAUCCAACUAAUGUAAACAAAUAAUAGCCAAAUAAGUAAUUCUAUAUUUUAUUCAAUAUGAGUUUGUUUUGUAUUUAUUUUUAGACAGUUUAUGAACAAUUUUCCAGAUCUUUAUUCUACUGUUAAAAUUUAGAAAGGAUAUUUUCAAAACAUAUUACAAAAAUAAUAUACCUACAUGAAAUAUGUUUUUAAGUAAGAAAUGAAAGACUGUAUGUAGAUAAUGUUAUUUCAAUUUUAGCGUUAACUGUUCUUUCUUAGACAUGAUUAUUUCAUACUGUGAAUUGUUAUAAACAUUCUCACACAGUGUUUGGUUAAUUAUUUUUGUAAUAAUUUUUUCAAUUUAAUUGUAAUAUACAUUUACAUCAAUUUGUUUAAUCCAAGAAUAGGAUUAGAAAGUUUCUCAUCAGUUUUGUAAAUAAAAUGAAUAACAAUUAUUACAUCCAAUGGUACUAAUAAAAAUGUUUCUGGUAA